UGAACAUGUUCCGAGUGUAAAGGAUUCGGACAGAAAUGUUGUGGAUACGUUAACAGAUCUGUUGUGUUUUUAUUCAUUGUGUCAAAAUUACCGCAUGGAAAACAAUAAUCGUGUGGAAUUUGUAAUGCCUUUGUAAAUAUAUAUUUUUUAAUUUUUGAGUAACACGUGACGGUUUUCAAAAUGAUGACCAACAGCAACGUGGGUGAACACCUCUACAUCGGCGACUACAUCAGCCUGUACUCCGUGGAGACGGAGGGCUACAUCUACAGUCUCCAGUCCAGUUCGGCCCACAGUGGACUGUAUAUCCACCAGAAUCAGGAACGUGACAAGCCAUCCAACAUUGCCAACCCACACACUGUGGUAUACCAAAUAUGCAUUCAAAAUCGCUACAAGUUGAACAAAAAAUACCGGAAGUUGAUACAACAGGCUUCAACGACACCGGAAGCAACGCCCGACAAGGGACUUCUGGGGCAAACAAAGCUGGCCGCGGAAGCGGAAAACGCCGACAAUGCCGCCGAACAAAAGAGACAGCUUGGAAAACGAGUCCGCUAUGGAGAAAUAGUGCAGCUGAAACAUUACUUCACAAACAAGUACAUCCACAUGUGUACGUCCCAGACGAGUCAGCGAGACAAAAACAACAUGAUGAUCAUGCUACAGGACUUCAACGCCAAGAACGCACAGUUCAGGAUUCUACCUCAGUACAAAGUGAAAUCAGAAGGCGAAGUUGUUCAAAUCUACGACCAAAUUGUCUUCGAGAGCAUCAAGUCACCAGGACACUACUUCCAUGCCAGUCAAGGCUUCCAAGUUGAUCACUUCACGUUUGGCUCGGAGUUGAAUCUUGGUGUCGAGAGAUCUGGUUUUUCAUUGGUCCGAUUUUGCCAGGAAAAUCCGGAAGUCGAACUGUAUGUCAAGGGCGGUGCAGUGAUUCGACUCUUUCACAAGGAGCUGGAAGCGUACUUGGUGGCAGAGGGACUCUUUGAUGAAGACAUCACGGAAGAUGUUCAUUUCCGUAUCCGGGUGAUGGAUCAACACAAGCCUCGAACUUUGUCUCCGCCCACUUCUGGUAACACGUUCUGGCAGAUCGAGGCUGAAAAUAGCGCCUUAAAUGGUAAGAUAAAGAAAGAAUGCCGUCGAUAG